AUGGAUUGCCGGCCAACCCCAAAGCCAUUAAGUAAUACCAUUUCUUUUUAUGUUUCGUUUGUUCCAUCUGUUCAUAUCUAUCUAUCUAUCUAUCUCAGUCUGUUCAUAUCUAUCUCUCUCAGUCUAUUCCAUCUAUCUAUCUAUUUAUCUAUCUAUCUAUCUAUCUAUCUAUCUAUCUCAGUCUGUUCAUAUCUAUUUAUCGAUCUCUGUUCAUAUAUAUAUAUAUAUAUAUAUAUAUAUAUCUUUCUAUCUAUCUCAAUCUGUUCAUUAUCUAUCUCUGUCUGUUCAUAUCUAUCUAACUCUAUUCAUAUCUAUCUAUCUAUCUAUCCUAGUUUGUUCAUAUCUAUCUAUCUAUCUAUCUAUCUAUCUAUCUAUCCUAGUCUUCUAUUCAUAUCUAUCUAUCUAUCUAUCUAUCUAUCUAUCUAUCUAUCUAUCUAUCCUAGUCUAUUCAUAUCUAUCUAUCUAUCUAUCUAUCUAUCUAUCUAUCUAUCCUAA